AUGGCUUCAGUAACUGAUGGUAAAACUGGAGUCAAAGAUGCCUCUGACCAGAAUUUUGACUACAUGUUCAAACUGCUCAUCAUUGGCAACAGCAGCGUCGGUAAGACCUCCUUCCUCUUCCGCUAUGCUGAUGACACCUUCACCCCGGCCUUUGUCAGCACCGUGGGCAUUGACUUCAAAGUGAAGACAGUCUACCGUCAUGAGAAGCGUGUGAAGCUGCAGAUAUGGGACACAGCUGGGCAAGAGCGAUACCGGACCAUCACCACAGCCUAUUACCGUGGGGCCAUGGGCUUCAUUCUGAUGUAUGACAUCACCAAUGAGGAGUCCUUCAAUGCUGUCCAGGACUGGGCUACUCAGAUUAAGACCUACUCCUGGGACAAUGCGCAGGUUAUUCUGGUGGGAAACAAAUGUGACAUGGAAGAAGAAAGGGUGGUCCCCACCGAGAAGGGCCGGCUCCUUGCAGAGCAGCUCGGGUUUGAAUUCUUCGAAGCCAGUGCCAAGGAGAACAUUAGCGUGAGGCAGGCCUUCGAGCGUCUGGUGGAUGCCAUUUGUGAUAAGAUGUCUGACUCGCUGGACACAGACCCCUCCGUGCUGGGCGCUUCCAAGACCACCCGUCUCUCAGACACACCACCACUGCUGCAGCAAAACUGCUCAUGCUAGGCCAGGCCCGCCCGUCUCCCAAUGUCAUGCUCACAUGUACCCUGCUUCUCCGUUAUUCACUGUCCACUCCCAACCCCAAGCAAGUUGAGGUCUUUGCCAGCCCCGGUGGUUCCCUGAAGAUGGCCCCAAUUAUAGAUACUGAUGGUGCAGGUUACCGUGUAGGGGAAGAUUCCUUUGACAAAAGAAAACUCCCUUUUAUGCAGGAGGUUCACUAUAGAGACUUGGAAAGAAUCUUUUCUGCCCUUAAAAUAAAA